GAAAAUUAUGUCCCUGUUAUCCCAGCAUAUCAGGCCAGCUGUCAGCAGCACCACGGACAGCAGCUCAGGUCGCUCGCGCCGCAUCGCCUCUCACAGCGGACACGCAGUCACCAUACAGCGCAUCACACAUUUAUUUUGUUUGAAAUAACAUACAUUUUGCCUGAACGAGCUGUAAAACCCGGUCAAUGCGAAGAAGGUAAUGCAAAAGGUUGCUCAGUGUGAUAAAGGUAGCUUCAAUGAAGCAAAGCAGCUCUAACCGUGUAGCUGAUACGCGCAGACGCAAACGGAACGUCGGACCAGUGACCGUGUGCAUUCCGCCGCAGUGAGCAUGUACCUCGCACCCGGGAUUUUCCACCUCUGAACAGUGUCCCCAGUGCUUUCCUGAUUCCAUACAGCACUAUCUGAGGAGGAUAUCGGGUUUUUCCACCAUGCGCAUUUUUGUGAUCUUGAUUCUUCUGUCCUGCUCCUGCGCUCCAGGUGGCUGCGAGACGAAAAUCGUGAACAUCGGCGCGGUGCUGAGCCAAAAGCGCUACGAGCAGGUGUUUAAGGAUGCGGUGAACCAAGCAAGCGUGGUGUACGGCAGAGACAGGUUUAAACUCAACGCCAUCUCCGUCACGCACAAAGCCAACGCUAUUCAGAUGGCGCUGUCCGUAUGUGAGGACCUCAUCUCCAACCAGGUCUAUGCGAUUUUGGUGAGCCACCCUCCACAGUCCAGUGACCACCUCACACCUACACCGGUGUCCUACACCGCAGGCUUCUACCGUAUCCCUGUGGUCGGCCUCACCACCAGGAUGUCCAUCUACUCCGAUAAGAGUAUCCAUCUGUCUUUCCUGCGCACCGUGCCGCCUUACUCGCACCAGGCGCACGUGUGGUUCGACAUGAUGCGUGAGUUCCGCUGGAACCACAUCAUCCUGAUCGUCAGCGACGACCACGAAGGUCGAGCCGCACAGAAGAGACUCGAGACCCUUCUGGAGGAAAGGGAGACCAAGAAUAAAAAAAGGAACUAUGAAAACCUCGAUCAACUGUCCUAUGACAACAAGCGAGGACCUAAGGCAGAGAAAGUCCUCCAGUUCAACCAAGAGACUAACUUAACUGCCCUGCUGCUUGAGGCCAAGGAGCUGGAGGCUCGCGUGAUCAUUCUGUCCGCCAGUGAGGACGACGCUGCUGCCGUGUACAAGACAGCUCGGUUUCUCAACAUGACCGGCUCUGGCUACGUGUGGCUAGUUGGAGAGCGGGAGAUGUCUGGUAAAGCUCUGAGUGAAGCUCCUGAUGGACUAAUUGGCCUUCAGCUCAUUAACGGCAAGAACGAGUCGGCUCACAUCAGCGACGCCGUGGCGGUCGUGGCUCAAGCCAUUCAGGAGCUUUUCGAGAAGGAGAACAUUACCGAACCGCCUCGGGGUUGUGUGGGCAACACCAACAUCUGGAAAACUGGGCCACUCUUUAAAAGGGUUCUGAUGUCAUCCAAAUACCCAGAAGGCCUGACAGGACGAGUGGAGUUUAAUGAUGAUGGGGACAGGAAGUACGCUCAUUACAGCAUCCUUAACUACCAGAAGAGCAGACUGAUUCAAGUCGGCAUUUAUAAUGGAACUCAGGUGCUGCUAAAUAAGCAAAGGAAGAUCAUCUGGCCUGGAGGAGAUACAGACAGACCAAAAGGUUUCCAGAUGUCCACAUGGCUAAAAAUAGUCACGAUACAUCAGGAGCCUUUUGUGUACGUGAAGCCAACCAUGCUGGAUGGGACAUGCAAGGAAGAAUACACACCGAACGGAGUAUUAAUUAAAAAGGUGAUCUGCACUGGACCAAAUGAGACCAUUCCAGGACGUCCAACAGUGCCUCAGUGCUGUUAUGGAUUCUGCGUUGACUUACUGAUCAAGCUGGCCAUGACUAUGAACUUUACCUAUGAGGUCCAUCUGGUGGCUGAUGGGAAAUUUGGCACGCAGGAGAGAGUGAACAACAGCAACAAGAAGGAGUGGAACGGUAUGAUGGGAGAGCUCCUGGGUGGCCUCGCGGACAUGAUCGUGGCUCCGCUAACAAUAAACAAUGAACGAGCUCAGUAUAUUGAAUUCUCCAAACCGUUUAAAUAUCAAGGGCUCACUAUCCUUGUGAAAAAGGAAAUUCCUCGUAGUACGCUGGACUCGUUCAUGCAGCCGUUCCAGAGCACGCUGUGGCUGCUGGUGGGUUUGUCGGUGCAUGUGGUGGCGGUGAUGCUUUACCUACUAGACCGGUUCAGCCCAUUUGGAAGGUUUAAAGUAAACAGUGAAGAAGAAGAAGAAGAUGCCCUCACCUUGUCCUCGGCUAUGUGGUUCUCCUGGGGAGUGUUGCUGAACUCUGGAAUUGGAGAAGGUGCCCCGCGUAGCUUCUCAGCGAGAAUCCUAGGUAUGGUGUGGGCCGGCUUUGCUAUGAUUAUCGUAGCAUCCUACACUGCCAACCUGGCUGCCUUCUUAGUGCUGGACCGGCCUGAGGAGCGCAUCACCGGCAUCAAUGACCCGAGGUUAAGGAACCCAUCAGACAAGUUUAUCUACGCCACGGUGAAGCAGAGUUCGGUGGAUAUUUAUUUCCGGCGUCAGGUCGAGCUGAGCACCAUGUAUCGCCACAUGGAGAAGCACAACUACGAGAGCGCCGCUGAGGCCAUCCAGGCUGUCCGGGACAACAAGCUGCAUGCUUUCAUCUGGGACUCUGCGGUGCUGGAGUUUGAAGCCUCGCAGAAGUGCGACCUGGUGACCACGGGAGAGCUGUUUUUCCGUUCGGGCUUUGGCAUAGGCAUGCGCAAGGACAGCCCCUGGAAACAGAAUGUGUCCCUGGCUAUUCUCAGUUCCCAUGAGAAUGGCUUCAUGGAGGACCUGGAUAAAACCUGGGUGAGAUACCAGGAGUGUGACUCAAGGAGCAAUGCCCCAGCCACACUGACCUUUGAAAACAUGGCAGGGGUCUUUAUGCUGGUAGCUGGAGGCAUUGCAGCAGGGAUCUUCCUCAUCUUUAUUGAGAUCGCAUACAAGAGACACAAAGACGCCCGCAGGAAGCAGAUGCAGCUAGCCUUUGCGGCCGUCAACGUCUGGAGAAAAAACCUGCAGGACAAUAAGGAGAGUUCUGUGAGUCAAGUUGUGGGCGCAGCUGGGACUCCGUCUUUACCCUCUUCCUCUGUAGAGACUCAGGAUGAUAGGAAAAGUGGUAGAGCAGAGCCCGACCCCAAAAAGAAACCCUCUUUUAGGUCCAUCAGUACAACCCUGGCCUCCAGCAUCAAGAGACGUAGGUCCUCCAAAGACACGCAAUACCCACCGACAGACAUCACGGGCCAGCUCAACCUGUCUGACCCGUCUGUCAGCACCGUGGUGUGAGACGGAGAAAGAGGGAGCGGGGGAUUGUUCGUUUCUUAAAACCAGACAUGGGGUGGGGGGAAUCGGUGUUCACAUCACCCAGGAAUUUCCCUUGUCCCGAGUCGCAUACGAGCUUCUGCACCUUUAUGAGGAUUACAGAGAAGAGCUGAUCUUCUACAGUGAACAUUUUUGGAGAUUGGCGUGUAGCGCUACAUCGCACUGGAUUUCUUAUAACACACACACACAGACACACCGCACACUCAAAUAUAGUCUUCACAUUCAAACCAGGACGCAUUAUAACGUUUCCUUCAUUCAAUAACCUUGAUGAUUUGUCGCACUUUCCAUCUUUUAAGUAUUUUUGUAUAGUUCGGUAAAAGUGAAUGCUCUUGCGCAAAUUAAGUGCUUUACGUAUUAUAUGUUUUAUCUCUCGGAAAAAGAAACAAAGCAAUCAGAGUAAUUAUGAAUCCUAUGUUUGUACAGACCCUCGUAUGUUUCUAAACCUAACUGUACUGAAUUUCAGGACAUUUCUGUUAAUCUGCCUUUAACAGUAUCAGUUUUCUCUACUUUAAUUGUUGUCUAUUUUGUAAGUAAGAACGGCGUUGGCGAGAAAGCAUGCAAAUAUUAUCUAAUUAACUCUUAGUUACAUUUAGUGCAUUGUCAAUAGUGUUAAUACUUGAAAUACUAUUUCUAACGAUAUAACAAUACUGUAUAUGGCACUUUAACGACGAUUACAUGACCUUAUUUUAUGACCAAGUGUGCAGUUCUUGGUUUUGUACUCGAUACUGUUUGUAUACCUUCAAAAGCCAUGCGCUCUUUAGCGGUGAGCCAUCUGCAUGUUUUAAAUGCAUGUGAAACUUCUUAGCCAUGUCACAGAAGAAAGCGCAAAACUGUUCCUGUUCCUUUUUCCUGUAAUACCAAUGUUUUGCAUAUGAUGAACGACGCGCAAAGAUUAUUAUGUACGUACACAUUUAUCAGGAGUGGCUUAAGAACAUAAGACUAUGUAGAAAAAAACCUCUUUCUCUGUCUCUCUGGUUGAAGUUUUCUUUCACUUUCUCACCUCCAGUCGCUAGAAGGGGUGCAUCAAACUGCCAUGUUUUUUCAUCCAACCAUCGCUUGGUGUCUCACGCAAAACCGUCUCUCUUGUGAGACCUUUUGCGAGAGGAAACCCCAAGUGAGUUGCGUUGUAUUUGACUCUGGUGUUGCGUUUUUUUUGUACACACCUAUUGGUUAGAUGCAAAAAACAGGCCGUUUCCCAUGUUCUGGGGAUGAGAAACAUUCGGUCUAGACUGAGCUCUGACCUCUGACCUUUCACUGAGGAAUUUUGAACGAUGUGUAAAAAUGAGAAAUGCGCUUGUUCAUGCGGACAAAUGAUUUGAUCUUUUCUUCCUCAAAGAUAAAACGAAUGUGAAAUCUAUUCAGUUGUUGACUGUAAUGAUUGUAAUCAACCUUUUUGUUGUUAGUUCUCUUCCUAAAAGGCUAUUUUGGAUAAAAAUGAAAAAAGAAUCUUUGCCUUUUUUUUUUGUUACACUUGACAAACAUGAGUGACUAUCAUUCUAUCACGUCCAUUGUCUCGAUGACGGAUGAGUGCAUGCGUGUUAUCUUUUGUGUUGCUUUAUCUCCACUCAUAGUUUGCGUACUACGGUCUAAUGCUGACACAAGCUUUAAAAAAAAUUUUCAUACCCAAACUCCCAUUAGACCUAUUUAAAGAAGAAUCGCUUCAAGGUUUGCUGUUGAGUUAAAGCAAA